UGUCUGACAGCCCUGCUGAUCGCCGUCAGCACUGCUGUGGAUAAGAUUAUCGCCCACUUCAGCACUGCGCGGAACCUGGUGCAGAAGGCCCAGCUGGGGGACAGCCGGCUCAGCCCAGAUGUGGGUUACCUGCUGCUGCACACCCUCUGCCCUGCGCUCUAUGCCUUGGUGGAGGAUGGGCUGAAGCCAUUCCAGAAGGAUGUUAUCACAGGCCAGAGGAAAAAUUCUCCCUGGAGCGUGGUGGAAGCCUCCGUGAAGACAGGCUCCAACACCCGCUCUCUCCACUCCCUGUGCUGGCACGUGGCCGGGCUGGCCCCUCUCAACAGCGCCAGACAGAAGUUUCAUGCCUUUAUCCUUGGCCUCUUGAACAUUAAGCAGCUGGAGCUGUGGAUCUCUCACCUGCAGAAGAGCCCAGGUGUCAUCUCCGUGCUAUACUCACCCAUGGCCUUCUUUGCCCUGAGCCAAGGCCCUCUUCCCCACCUUGCUGAUGAACUGCUGCUGCUCAUCCAGCCCCUCUCAGUGCUGACUUUCCACCUCGACCUGCUCUUUGAACACCACCACCUCUCUGUGGAUGUGGGGGCUGCCCUGCAGCAGACCUUCCAGCACGUGCUGCGGUGGGGCGACCAGCUCAGUCGCGCUUUACUGGGAGCUGACAGCUCCCAGGAGACCCACAAGCCUGAGACAGGCCCUCAGGACGCCGAGGCUGGCCUCAUUGGCUGGUGGGGCCAGCUCAGCCAGGCCUCCAGGAUUUACGCUGCUCCUAGCAAGGAAAAGUUCCCCUUCGUCUGGUGGACAAAGCUGCGGACGGCUACGGGAGAUUCCAGCCCCGGCCAGGCUGCACGCCCUCAGAUAUCCGUCGAUGAGCCUAAAGGCACGGAGCUGCAGCUCCUUCAGACCAAAGCUAUCCCAGAACUCUCCGGUCCAAAGCCCAGCAGCAGUGCUGACACCUCUGGGACCUCCUCCCCUGAAGACCUUAUCCUGCCUGCGGGAGCUGGAGCACCCACCAAGCCAGACGAUCCUGCUGCUGGAGAGAAACUCCUGCCUGCUUCCCCAGAGCUUUGUGUGAACAGGAACCAGGCAGCCCCUUCCACCCCAGAGCCCAGCAGUCCUGGGCCUGACAAGGGGAGCUGGCUGGGCCGGCUCUUUGGAGCCACCAGCCCCUCUGCCAGGAGCUUCCCUCCCCGUCCUGACACCAUCUCAACUAGGUCCAGGAGACCCUCUAGCUGGUUGUCCCCCAGCACGCGUGUCCUGGCCGUGAUGGUGAAGGGGCUGGCGUCUGAGAAGACCCGUGAUCAAGAGCAGCCAGAGAGAAAUGUGUCCGACACAUCCCAGACCCCCAGGGCGGUUCGGGCACUCUGUGACCACACAGGCACUGCUGACGGUCACCUGAGCUUCCAAAAAGGGGACAUCCUGCAGCUGCUCUCCACUGUGGAUGAAGACUGGAUCCACUGCUGCCAUGGAAACAGCACUGGCCUAGUUCCUGUCAGCUACACAUCCCUCAUUUUGUGA